GCAUGUUUUUUUCCAUUUGACAGAAAAUUCAUUUGCAAAUUGCCCGACAAAGGUAAAAAGAUCUCAGACACCAUUGCCAAACUAAAAUCUGCCAUUGCAGAACGUGAAGAGAACAGAGGAAAAAGUGAACUGUUUUACCCUGUUAGUGUAGACUUUGAGCAAAGGCAAAAGGCAAUUGCAGGAGUUGAUGUUGACAUAGUGAAGACCCCAAAUUCUGACCAGAUGCUUGAUACUUCGUCACUAGUUCCUGGCUGUUCCCCUGUAGAUAAAAUCAAGUCAUCCAAAACAACUCCAGAAAAGCAGCAACUUGUGCAUCCUCACCAAGACAAUGAAGAGACUCCAGAGGCUGAGUCCACAGGGAACCAGCACCCAGCUUCCAACAGCAGGGCCAGGACGCUUUGCCCAACUGAGGCUGUGGAGCGUGUCCCGCAGCAUUGUGUUUCAGGUCAGACAGAUGAUAUUUCCAGCAGCUUGGACAACCUGUUUAUUGACAAGUUGCAAAGGAUCACGAUUGCAGACCAAGGUGAACACCACUCAGGAGCAAGCACGGGUGCAGAGACCUUGACGAGCCUCUGUAUUGGGCCUCCUAAGAGGCCUCAUUACAUGAACGUGCUAGAAAUGCGAGCCAAAAACCCUGUGCCCCCACCACAGAAGUUUAAAACCAAUGUGUUACCAUCACAGGACACUGGUCCACCUGGUCACUGCCACAGGGGAGAGUCUCCUGAUUCCUCCGUGGAACGGCGGUGCAGGGACAAGCAGCAUCUCGAUGACAUCACGGCAGUGCGGCUCCUGCCACUGCGCCAUCUUCCCACACAGCUGCUGACUAUAGAAGAAUCUUUGGCACUUCAGCAACAGCAGAAACAGAAUUUUGAGGAGAUGCAAGCGAAGCUCGCUGCACAAAAAUUAGCUGAAAGACUGCAUAUUAAGAUUCAGAGUUACAAUCCAGAAGGGGAGUCUUCGGGGAAGUACCGAGAAGUAAGGGAUGAAGAUGAUGCCCUGUCCUCCGAUGAGGAAUUCUGAAGAUGGGUGUUGGGGUGACCUCCUAAGUCUCCGCUGCUUGAGAUGCCAUUUCCUAAUAUCAUCAGACUUUCUAACAAGUAUCAAGAUCAGUGUCAGACAUAGUUGAGGGAAACGUUUUAUAUAGUUGCACAAAGGUAGCUACAAGAAAAGGCCCAGUUUGUGUUUCAGAUGAUGAUCUUCCCGUGUUGGAAAAUUUAAUAUUUGAAUAUUGUGUUUGACCAUAUUGUAUUAAAGUUUUGCAGUUUGUCGUGCAUUGAUCUGAUAUUUUAGUAUGUGGUACAACACAUUUUUUUUUUUCUUUAAGCCAAGUGAAAUCAGAUGACUUUGCUUUUUUCCUUAGUCUACUUCUACCAAAUAGCAUUUAUCACAUCCUUCAGUGGAGUGCAUAGUUGUCCUGGAUGGCUGAAGUGAACUAGGAAGUCAGUUCCCUCCUAUUCUGAGCAGUGAAGGGAGCUGCUUUGAGAAGACAGCGCAGUGGGCAUGGAGUCCUGAGCUAUUGGCAGUGAAGUAUUGGAAGGGCGCUCAGGAAAAGCUCAGCAGGUCUCCUGUCCUGUCUUACAUUAGAAGGCUGUUCCCUUCCUUCUCCAGGAACGGGGGAUACUUUGAGGAGAUGCUGGAGGGUGAGGGGGUCUUACUAGAAGGUCAGACUUGCCUGGAGUAACUGUUGGAACAGGAAAUGUCCUGGCCAACUGAGCUGGAUAAAAGGAGGUGCAUCUCGGGCAUCGGUGCUGUUCUUGGGUGUCUGUCUAUGUGUGGGACAUAUGUGUCUGAUAAGGAGACCAGUUUUUAAAAGUUAAACUGAGUUGUCAAUACUUUGCUUUCUCCCCCCAAUAAAGUCAUAUAUAGGCCUUAAAACUUCAUUCUCAUAUACAUGUUUCAAUCUCAUGACAUGUUUGUCAUUUUAAAUGAUUGUAUAUUGUCUCUAGAGGAAUUAAUACUUAUGUUAUCAAAAAAUUCAGUACUGAAAAGAAUAAAAUAUUAUAGCAACUUCAAAUGCCAGUGGUGAUAUUUUACUGGUAUCUAAAUUUUGCUUUCAUUUUCUUGAAACCCACCAGCCAGACACAAACCUGUAACACUUAAGUGUUCGUUCUGUUACUUAGUUUUCUAUGCAUAGUUGUACAUUUAUACUUUGAAAAUGCAGUCAUACCAUGUAUUGUUUCACAGAUAAUAUGAACAUUUAAAUAUUAUAAAUAUUUGUCUUUAUUAAAUACUUUGCAUUUUAGAUAGAGUAUUUUUCAUGGGAGUACCAUAUUUUUAAAAAUCAUUUCUUAUUUUUUGUUUAUUAUGUAAUCUCAAUAUUGAUUUGCUCAGUUUCUUAAAAGAUAAUUCCCUCUACCAGGUAUGGUGGUACGUACCUGUAAUCCCAGCGAUCCGGGAGGCUGAGGCAGAAGAAUCAUAAAUUGGAGCCUAGCUUGGGCAAUUUAAUGACUAAUUGAGACCCUGUUUCAAUUUAAAAAGCAGAGGAAUGUAGGAUUGUAGCUCGGUGCCAAAAUCUGGGUUCAGUUCCUGGUACCCCCCCAAACCCCAGAAAAAACAUGGAUACAUUUAUUUCCAGAGACUUUUUAAGAAGUGAAAUUGCUGGAGGAAAGGUAUGUAAGUUUUUGAGAAUUUUGCUGUAUAUCACUCAUUUCAGAGAUUGUGUCCACUUUUAUUCCCUUUAGCAAUCAAUCACCCAGAAUUUAAAUUACUAUUUAAGAUAUUUGCAAGUUAAUUAUAGAAAAAAGCUUAGUGAUGCAUGUUUUUUUAUUUUCCACUUCGAUUCAUUCUUUUGAGAACUGCUUUUUCAUGUGUUUUUGUCCUGUUACUGUUUUGGAGAGCCCUUUUUCUUGGUUUAAAUUCUUUAUAAAUUACGAACAUCCAUCCUUUGUCAUAUAAUUUUUUUU